CAGGCACAUGGUUCGAAAGUGCGAGAAUCGAUCAAAUUCUUAUACUUGGAAGUUGAAAUUGAAGAAUUAAGUCAAGGUUCAGCAAUUAUACAGAAAAUAUGGCUGGAAAUAAAUUCAUAACGGUACCUGAUGAGUACCAAGGGUACUCACUGGAUAUGUUCAGCAUCCCAAAGCACUACCAAGAUGAUCUAAAGCAUGUUAUGCUCCCAAGAGGCAUACUACUUGACAGAACCGAGCGCCUUGCUAGAGACAUAUCACGAGACAUGCAGCCAGGUGGGGCGCUGGUUGGACUUUGUGUUCUUAAGGGUGGUUAUCAGUUCUUUGCCGACUUAAUGGAGUACAUUCGCACCUUGAAUGCUAAUUCAGAAACUUCAGUUCCUCUUUCAGUGGACUUUAUUCGUCUUAAAAGUUAUGAGGAUGAGUCUUCCUCUGGAGAAGUUAAAAUCUUGGGCAGCGAUAACUUAGCAUCUUUGAAAGGAAAGAAUGUUCUUGUUGUUGAGGAUAUCAUUGAUACUGGAGCAACGAUGGUGAAACUAUUAAACACACUUAAAAAGUAUGAACCUGCCGUAAUAAAGGUUGUCAGUUUAUUUGUCAAAAGAACAUCCCGCAGCUGUGGCUAUCGACCUGACUAUACUGGGUUUGAAAUACCAGAUGAAUUUAUUCUGGGCUACGCUUUGGAUUAUAAUGAGUACUUCCGUGACUUAAACCAUGUUUGCGUUAUCAACGAUAAUGGGAAGAAGAAAUACGCAAUCCAGAAAUAACAACCAUGUCAUUCAUUUCUUGUUCUCCAGUGACAAAUCUUCGUAAAGUGUAAAUUCUGAUUAAAAAUAAAAGAUGGGUAUAGCCCGCCUUAAAAACCAUAAAAAGCAACAUUCCUCGUUAAAAAAGACAGCUGGCUAAGUCGGUCAACCGUCAAACACCAUCAAUGUGUACGUGGUGCAUGUUUAGUAGAUGAUAGGAUUGGCUAAAUGAAGUUGAGUUGAAAGACUUCAUAUUUUUUAAAUAUUUCCAGAGUUUAUUAGAAAAUCCCAAAGGCGGAUACAUGAUUUAAUAGGGGGGGGGGAUGGAUAAUUUUUUCAAAAAGUUUUUUUUAGUCUUUUUUUUGCAGUACGAAGGAAAAGUUUUUUUUAUCAUAGUUCCGUUCGGUUUUCGUAACUCCGAAAACACUCAAGACGCAAAGUUCUAAUUUGAUUUGAAAAGUAGCUAUCAGAACUAAAGAAGAUUAUUUUAAGGGUAGUACAAAGUGAAGGUUUUUUCGUCCAUUGGUUUCUGCAAUGGUAAAAAAAAGCUAGCAAAACAACAAAUGCAAACGUUAGGGGUGGGGGGUGGGGGCCAUUAGAAAUUUAGUCUGCGUACAGCUAGUCUCCUUAGCAGCCGUUCUUAGUGUCGAGCAAAACUCCCUUAGUGGAGAAGCAAGGAUCAACUCUAAGAACCACAGGGUUUGGAUAAAAAUAAAUUGUGAAAAUGAAA